GCUAUAAACACUGUCCAAGGUGCUGACGAGUGCAGUAUAAACUCAAUGAGCGGCACAGAAAGUACGCAGCGAGUUAAGGAAAGGUGAGUGUGGGUGACGUUUGUGGGUAUACUCCGUGUAUACUCUCUUACGGACAGGUGAUACUCGCGUGAAGUGCGGUUCAUUACAGAUUGUGUUAUACUUGGAUGUAUAAAUGUCAUCACAAAGUACAUUAUAAAGCCGUUUUUUAUUAUUUUACGUUACCAUUUUAAGUGUAAAAUUGGUCGUGCUUUAUAGGAUUGGGCCUCUAGAUAUGACGUGUUUGUUUCAGGUUUUAUUUAUAAUUAGUUUGUGUGUGCAUUGUCUCUAUUGUAAUAUAAUUGUGUUGAGACCCUCUUGCGUACUUUGUCAUUUUGAACAUAACCAAGAGUUAGUGUUUUAUUCAUUAGUUAAGAUUAAUUAGUGUUGGGUUUGUUGUCUCUGUUUUGUUAUCUCGCAAGACGUCAUAGAUUUCUCGACCAUAGCACUGAGAUUAACCAGUAAAAAAAAAUACAGCUAUCCUCUGAAAAAAAGAUAGUGGUCAUAGCAGAUCAUUUAACUCCACAUGCAUGUAACAGUCUCUGUCCUUGGUUUCAGGAGGACCAGGGCUGCCUCUCUGCAGGAAUAGCAUGGCCAGGCAAUGCUGCCGGAGCGAGUCCCAGGAAAGUGGCAUUCUAUACAGAAACCGCUGAACAUGUGACAGUAUGUCAACACUGUGCCUCUACCGCUGGGAAACCUUUUAAAACCAAAUGUGGACAAUAAUCCGGAUUGUUCAGCAACAAAUCAGUUUCCUAAUUCAAAGUCCUUCAUAACUCAUUUUACUGAUAGAUCUCAAUAUUGUUUAAUCUUCAUCUGAGCUGUUUUUUUUUUUUAAUCCCAGUAUUGAUUUUUUAUUAUUAUUAUUCAUUAUCCCUUAUUGCAAGCAUUCAUAUUCUGAUACUGACCUCUGCAUUUGAAUAGUGCUACAGCAGCAGCGAUGAGUUGACUCUGGUAACAGUUUUGUACAUUAGACAAGGCACGCUAAUCUGGUUUCAUAACAGCAAGCCAACAUGUUAGGGUCCAUUGGCUCACGUACAUUUAUCAGGAUCCUGGACAAUUGAUUUGGAGGUGCACCCAGUACCACCCCAGCUGCUUGAAACCCAGCCCCCCCGUUCGAGAGAAACAGACCCAUCGGUCCUUGAUGAGCGGCUGGCACAGUGCCUCCUUGCCAUGGCUCAAUCGUUUGACUCGCCACGCAGGGAGAUGACUAAUGGAUCCCACCCCAGCGGCCAGGCUGGAGGUGCAAACACAGCAACGCGAUACCUGCUGAGGAAACAGUGCCGGCUGCAGAACGGGCAGCCCAGGGGAAUCCGGUCCUCCUCUCCGAUGGGCAGGGUGAUCCUGAUAAACUCCCCCGAAGACGGAAGUGAUGAAAGUGAUGCGAUUCAUACCCUGACGGUGGACAAAAGUGCGGAUGGAAAACUGGGUUUCAGCGUUCGAGGAGGGUCGGAGCACGGGCUCGGCAUUUUUGUCAGUAAAGUGGAAGACGCGAGCACUGCAGAGCAGGCCGGCCUGUGUGUGGGUGACAAACUCAUGGAGGUGAACGGGGUCAACCUGGAGAGCAUCACCAUGGGCAGCGCUGUCAGGGUCCUCACGGGGAACAAUCGCCUGCGCAUGGUGGCCAGACGGGUGGGAAAGGUGCCCGGGAUCAAGUUCUCCAAGGAAAAGACCACAUGGGUGGACCUGAUUAACGGACGGAUGAUUGUGGAAGAAAACAGGAGCAGUCCUUCGGAGAGCAGCUCUGAAGCCGGGGUGAGGAGGAUCGUUCACAUCUACACCACGUCCGAUGAUUGCUGUUUAGGAUUUAACAUCCGAGGCGGAAAGGAAUUUGGACUUGGAAUAUACGUCUCCAAGCUGGAUCCCGGAGGUCUGGCUGAGCAAAAUGGGAUUAAAACCGGGGACCAGAUCUUGACAGCCAAUGGAUACAGUUUUGAGGACAUCAGCCAUAGUCAGGCAGUGGAGGUGCUGAAAAGCCACACACACAUCAUGCUGACGAUAAAGGAGGUGGGAAGGUAUCCUGCAUACAAGGAGAUGGUAGCUGAGUACAGCUGGCUUAACAAACUCGGCAGUGGGCAACUACAGCAGUCCUCUCAAGCCUCGGACACAAACUCCUCCCUCUCCUCCUACUCCUCGGGGACCCCCCUCAGCUCCAGCAGUGGUAUCUCCCAGAUGCUCCCCCACUACGCCUCUGAGAUUAUUGACGUCUGCAUCUCCACUGAAGACUCACGGUGGCCCAGCUACUCUGAGCGGACAGAGACGGCCAUGCAGACUGACCUCCAGAUCCCCCCCACCAACAUCCUUGACCAGGACAGCCUGCAACGGUCAGGGAAAACCAUCGCCACAGAGACCAGUCGGACUUUAGGGGCCACUGUCCUGCUAAAGGACACGGCCAUCCGGACCGAGAGCUUUAAAGAGACGGCCCGGGCCAGGCACAGGACUUUCUCAACGGGAGACUCCGCCGAUGAGCAGCUGGACUCUCCGAAAACCGCUGUGCUCAUGGCACUCAGCAAGCCCAGGAAAACCAUCAGAAGGUCUCAGAGUCACAUCACUGUACUAGAGGACAAGCAGAAGAAGAAGAAGCAGCAGAAAGGGAAGGCUGCCGGGGAGGGAACAGAUCUGCAGCGCUCCAAGACCUUUGUCAGCCUGCUGUUUAGAAGCGGCCGAACUGGGAAGCAGCAGAAGAGCCCGAGCUCCAGAGAGAAGAGGCAGAACGGCUCUGCAGAGAGGAGGAGCCACUCCAAAUCUCCCUCCCGCUCCAAGGCAGACAGAGAGAGGGGUGGUCCAUUGUCGCUGUCUGGCACGCAGGAGGAGCUGGUCUCAGGGCAUCAGAAGGAGAGUCGGGUUGCCUCUGCUGAGCAGGGGCUGUCUCUGGUGGAGGACAUGGCCAGAAAGCUGCUGAAUGAAGACGAGGUCUCAGCCGUCACAAGACACUGCAGGAGAUAUGUUUCAGAGAGAGUGGUGGAGGAUCUGGUGAAGCCACUGCUUGUUAUACUGGAUCGCCCCGAGAAGCUGCUGCUGCUACGAGAGAUAAGAACAGUCAUCCUGCCUACGGACCUGGGCAGGUUUGACAGCAUGGUCGUUCCUUUUGAGCUUGAAGCGUAUGACAUUCUGAAGAGCAGAGCAGGUAGGGAAGUAAGGUCUCCAGCCCUCAGGACCCCCCAGAACGGACUGGCACCUAAAAGACAUCUCAUAACUCCAAUCCCAGACUACAGGGGAGGAUUCCACCUAAAGCCACUUCAGGACUUUGAAAACGACAGGCUGCUGAUGGAGGAAAUGGAGAAGCUUAAACUGUCUGGACUGCAGGAUAUCAAACAGCUCCCAUCUAAAGCCUUCACUCCCCUCGAAGAUGUGCCAGUCGACUCCUACACCACAGAAAGUAGCUCCAGUAAACAAACUGCAGCAGCCAGCCCCAUGCGCUCCAACUGGCUGCUUACAGAGUCAGCCCAGAGCACAGAACAGGCCACCACUCACAAAACAGACAUUGGUACAGUCCACUCCGUUCACUAUGAUGAGGGUUCAUUGCACUCCGCUGCAGACAAGAGUUAUACCACUUCAGAAAGGGGGAGUUCCGUGUCCAAGAAAACAGGCCAGACAAAAACCAAAAAAGAAAAAGGGGAAAAAAGUAAAGACUCCUUGUAUACAGUGGUGAACAAUCCUAAGAGGUCCAGGCCUUCGCUGUCUCAGGUCUUUGGGGGCACAGGGUCCCCGCGUGGAGAGGAGCUUGUGAAAGGACACCCAGUCUCCGCAGUGACCAGGCUCAACGGCACCACCAGCAUCCCAGUGCAGCAGUACGAGCAGACCAGCGUAACCAUCUCCAAAACCAAACAGUCCCUAGGAAUCAGCAUCUCUGGAGGGAUUGAAUCCAAACUCCAGCCCGUGGUAAAGAUUGAGAAGAUAUUUCCUGGUGGGGCGGCCUCUUCUUGUGAGAUAUUGAAGGAGUGAAGGGCGAGGAAGUCAAGCCUUUGUUUGAUUAGCACACAGUGCUUUAAUUACCAGCCGUCAGCUCCUGAAAGCGUAAUGAAGUCUGUGCAGGGCUGUCUCGCGGGUUAUUAACAGAGAAACUGAUUAACUGUGCAGCAGUUACUCACAACUCUCCCUGUAUAAUGUUACACAUUACCAUAGUGGCAAGAGAAAUUGGACAUUACUAGAGCGAUAUGUUGAGAGAGAAACAGGACGACUCCCCACUUUGAGAAGCAUCAAUUAAAGGAGGGCAGCUGAAGAACAGUACAUCCCAGGGCUAUUCAGGGUGGAAAUGAGAGAUCAGAACACCACAAAACAACGGAAUAUUCUAGCUAAACCCUGCAAUACUGAAAACAGACUUCUUUUUAUGGAGGGUUUGGAAACACAUAACUAGUGUGUUUUUCUUUAGAGCUUAAACACCCUGGCUGUACACCCGAUGUUUCAAUUCAUGUAGCACUGCAUCACGUUUUAAACAGUAACUGAAACUGCCACAAAAGUACAUCCUGUAAUUUUCAGAUGCUAGCUGCAUUAUUGUGAUAGCCAAUAAAAGAGAUCUUUAAAGGAGUACCUUUAGGCUUUUGUGUCCUUGCUGUGGGAUAUCGCUGCUCAAGCUCCCCCUCUCGGAGUUCAGCAAACACACCUGUGCUUUACCUGGAAGCUGCCUUGAGAAGACAGGAGCACCACUGGGGCGACCUUCAGUAAGAAUGAACUUCAUGUAAAACACAAAGGCAUAAACAAUCGUCCCUCGGGAAUGGGUCCCGCAGUCGUGCUGGGGAGAUUUAUGGAUUCUGAUUCUAAUGGAUGUGCUGUUGUAUAUGAACAGAGGAUAAUGAACUUCUAGGGGCAGCAAUUAAAAAACGGGAGCUGAUUAAUCUGGAAAUGUGGGACUAGGAAGGGAAGGAUAAAAAUUCCUGCUCUGAUACAACCAGGUUAGAUACAGACAUUGAGAGACUGAUUAUUGUUAUUAACUGGUCUAGGGUUACAGUUUGAUUCCGUUAUGCUGCUUCAUUCUAUCAUGCCCUGCAGUACCCCUCCAAGGCUGUAUCAGCAAUCCCUUUGGAUUAAAUAAAGAUCAUACUGGAAGAAACUGAAAUCAGUUUAUAGAUACCUGAGGACCAGUCUCACAAUAUUCUAUUGAGGAGCAAGUGUUGAUAGUUGCUUUGAUCUUUCCAUUUACCCUUAUUUCCCGCCCCGUUGUAUUAGAUAGAUACCUUCAUGCAUUGCGUCCUCAUCGCUCCCUCUCUCCUGUUGUGGGCAGGCUGGCUAUGAGCUCCUCUCUGUUGAUGGGACGAGCCUGCAGAACGUGACUCACCAGCAGGCAGUGGACAUCAUCCGGCGUGCAUUCAGCAACAAGACAUGGGACCCCAUGGUGUUUG